CCAACCUGCCUUGGAUACUCACCAUUAACUCUACCUGAAUCUCCUCAUGGAUAUCCCAAUCCAGUAUCCCUGGUACCGUCGGGCCUACGGACGUCGCGUCUCCGACAUGUCCAUGGCAGAACCAGUGCAGGAUUGGCCAAUGAUCUGGCCCUUUCCGUGGUCCUACCCGUGGGUGCGUCCGGCGUAUAUGCGCUGGUUCAACUGGCCAGACAAUGGAAGUGGCGAGAUGCGUUUGGAAAAGGAUCGCUACGUCAUUUAUCUGGACGUGAAGCACUUCUCACCUGAGGAGCUGUCCGUCAACUACAAUGAUGAAUUCCUCUCAAUACAUGCCAAACAUGAAGCCAGACAGGAUGAUCAUGGCUUUGUUUCAAGAGAGUUCAUGAGGAAGUACCGUCUUCCAAGUGGGGUCUCCUGUGCUGACAUCACCUCCACACUGUCGUAUGACGGUGUGAUGACUAUCACUGCUCCCUGGGCUUCCCCCGGCCCGGACCGCAAUAUUCCAAUAUCCUGUGAAGAAGGACCAGCAAAGCAGAAGAUGUAGAGCUGAGCCUCACACCUGGAAGAAUACUAACCUGAAGCUGCUUGGUUUAGUUUUUAACCUGUUACACAUUUAAUUUAUGUACGCGUAGGACCAUGAUGGAUUUCUGCAAGGUCAAGUGCUAUUAAGCGACAAAGAUCGAAGGCGUCCCACACGCCAUUUUAAAUUGCGAUUGUGACGGUAAUCUUAACAGAACUAAACCAAUAAUGAUAUUUAUUAAUCCAUCUAAUUUGACUGAUAUAGUGAUGAGUAUAGCUGCACUUGCCCUUGUAGAUCAUCAUUGUUGUCGAUUAAACCAGCUAAUCACAAGCUAAUUUGCGGCAGAUUUUAGUUUACGAGGAAGAAAGCUUCUACUAUCAAAAACCAUUGUAUUUAUAGAACCGUGCACUGGGGGGUGUGGAAGACUGAAUCACUGCUUCAUAUGUGUGUGUAGAAAGGAACACUCUGAAAGCACAUACUGUCGUUCAAAAACAGCUGGCAGCAGACAUGGGACCAGGUGAGAGAAAGAGAGAGGGGGGGACAAGCUGGAAGGAAUCUUGGAUCACUGGGCUCCUUUCGAGGGGCAGAGCUUCUGAGCUGCUAAGGCUGUGUCUGCAUAUGCUCGUGUCUGUGUGCAAAUAUGUAUGUGUGCUUGGGAACAGGGCGAAGAUCGAGACCAAGAAGACGCGUGGAUGAAGUGUUACCCCUCUUUCAGUCUCUCUUAUCGACACCCCCCAGGCACGUUACAAAAAUAAUAAAUAAAUGUCCAACCCAAAUGUCUGUCACUGUUUUAUUUGA